ACCCCCGCCCCCCACCGAGAAGUGAACCUCCAGCAGGCGGGUGCGGUACCAAGCCCGGAUCUGGAGUUCCCCGCCCCUCCCCCCCAGCCCAGGAGCGGAGCUAGGACCGACCCGAUCCACACGGGAUCAGUGCAGAGUUUAGAACCCGGAUCAGGAAAUCUCGGGUCCCAGACCGGGAAAUCCCGGAGCCUGGAUUAGUAAAGACCGGAGCUCGGACCCGGAAGCCCCGGAGCUCGGAUCGCGGAGGGGGUUCCCUGGGCGCGGAGCCCGGAACCUGGAUCGCGCCUGAGGCCAGACGGGACGGAACGAUGUCGGGCCGCGGCGCGGGCGGGUUCCCGCUGCCCCCUCUAAGCCCCGGUGGGGGGGCGGUGGCUGCGGCCCUGGGGGCCCCUCCGCCCCCCGCGGGGUCCGGGAUGCUGCCUGGAGCGGCGUUGAGGGGCCCAGGGCCUGCUGGAGGCGCGGGGGGGCCCGGGGCUGCAGCCUUCCGCCCCAUCGGGCCCGCGGGGCCCGCGGCGCAGUAUCAGCGCCCUGGUAUGUCUCCAGGAAGCAGGGUACCUAUGAGUGGCCUACAGGUGGGACCCCCAGCUGGCACUCCCUUUGGCACAGCUUCUCCACUCCGGCCUGGGAUGCCACCUACUAUGAUGGACCCAUUCCGGAAACGUCUGCUUGUGCCACAGCCCCAGCCUCCAAUGCCUACCCAGCGCCGAGGGCUAAAGAGAAGAAAGAUGGCAGAUAAGGUUCUACCUCAGCGAAUUCGGGAGCUAGUCCCAGAGUCUCAGGCAUAUAUGGACCUCUUGGCCUUUGAGCGUAAACUGGACCAAACAAUUGCCCGUAAGCGAAUGGAGAUCCAGGAGGCCAUCAAGAAACCGUUGACGCAAAAACGAAAGCUUCGAAUCUACAUUUCUAACACGUUCAGCCCCAGCAAGGCAGAAGGUGAAGGGGCAGGAGCUUCGGGAGCUACGGUGGGAGCCCCAGGGUCAGUUCCAGCAGGGGACAAAGUGGCCUCCUGGGAACUUCGAGUGGAGGGGAAGCUACUGGAUGAUCCCAGCAAACAGAAGAGGAAGUUUUCUUCGUUUUUUAAGAGUCUGGUCAUUGAGCUGGACAAGGAGCUUUAUGGACCCGAUAACCAUCUGGUGGAGUGGCACCGUAUGCCCACAACCCAAGAGACAGACGGCUUCCAAGUGAAACGCCCUGGGGACCUUAAUGUCAAGUGUACCCUUCUGCUUAUGCUGGAUCAUCAGCCACCCCAAUACAAGCUGGACCCUCGGUUGGCUCGGCUACUCGGUGUGCACACCCAGACCCGGGCUGCCAUUAUGCAGGCGCUGUGGCUGUACAUCAAGCACAACCAGCUGCAAGAUGGGCAUGAGCAUGAAUACAUCAACUGUAACCGCUACUUUCGCCAGAUCUUUAGCUGCGGGCGUCUUCGUUUCUCGGAGAUACCCAUGAAACUGGCUGGGCUGCUGCAGCAUCCAGACCCCAUUGUCAUCAAUCAUGUCAUCAGUGUGGACCCCAAUGACCAGAAGAAGACGGCUUGUUAUGAUAUUGAUGUUGAGGUAGACGAUCCACUCAAGGCACAGAUGAGCAACUUUCUAGCCUCUACCACCAACCAACAGGAGAUUGCAUCCCUGGAUAUUAAGAUCCAUGAAACCAUCGAGUCCAUCAAUCAGCUGAAGACUCAGAGGGAUUUCAUGCUCAGUUUCAGCACUGACCCACAGGACUUCAUUCAGGAAUGGUUGCGUUCUCAGCGACGAGAUCUCAAGAUCAUCACAGAUGUGAUAGGUAACCCAGAGGAAGAAAGGCGAGCUGCUUUCUACCAUCAGCCCUGGGCCCAGGAAGCUGUAGGGAGGCACAUUUUUGCCAAGGUGCAGCAGCGCAGGCAGGAACUGGAGCAGGUGCUGGGAAUCCGCCUGACCUAGCAGCUCAGGGAGCCUUCUUUAUUCCUGCAGCUACCCCCUCCUCAGACUGGAAUGGUGCCACCCUCUGUGCCCCAGCUGGGCUUAGAGGGAGGUGGGAUAGGAUGGGGUGGAGAAGCCUCUGCCACCCCAUCUUCCCAGCUUUAGUUGCAUAAAUGUAGUCAUAGGAUUCAUAGUCGCUUGGGCCCCACAGCCUUAUUAUUCACUUUUGCAUUGGCUUUAAUUGGGUUCAGCAGAUGCCUCCUCUGUCCUUAUGGGCAGGCCUGAGCAGGACCUCUAGGGGCUGUGGCAGCCCUAGGGGGUUGGGCUUUGACAUUGUAAUUGCAAAAUUUCAGAACCAAAUACCCCUGGGUUUUUAUGUUUACAGGUGUUGACCUCUUGGAGGUCAGAGCUGGCACCAGGGAGCCAGAUGGGUAAAAGGGCACACCCCAGGCUUUCCCUGGCCUUUCUAAACCAAAGUUCUUUGCCAUUCCCACAAGCCCAGUGUCACUGCUGGUCUCUUCCUUUCCUUCAGGUAUUUGCACUAUUUGGGGAACAGGUUUUCUAAGUGGGAAACACCUUUUUGUAUUGGUUGGGGGUUUUCCUAGGAGCUCUACCUGGUGCCUCCCCUUCAUUUUCCUAAUCUAUGCAAGCGGCUCAAGGGCUCCAGCCGCCAUCAUCUCCUUGGGUGUCAGGCAGUGGUCCCAGCUUUGCCCCUUCAUUAGGGGUAGAAGGGGGUGGGAUAAAGUGAAGUCUCCCUGAGGAAGACUUAACUCCUUUGGCUUCAGAAAGGCCAGAGGGGAAAGGGUAAGGGAAGUAUGGAUGUUUGCAUGGUGGAGGGAAAGGGUGUUGCUGCCUCAUAGGGGCUGGGGGAAGGGGAGUGGACAGGGCGACAAGUACCUUUUUUGGCUAGUUUGGAAAAAUUUCCAAAUAAAUACUUUUUGUUUA